AGUUCCUGCCUUAGGUACGCAGCAAAACCCUCCACUUAGGUCAACAUCCCUCGCACGAAUUACGACUUCUCCAAAUCUCCUGUGAGAACAUGGCGGGAACCGUGUUGUUCAGCACUAACGAAAACCGCCAUAGCACCAGACAACUAGUGAGACAUGACUAUCAGAGAUGUCAAGCCCCAGUAGUAACGACUGGCCUGUGAGCGCCAUAGCAGGCAUGAUGGACGACCUUGGCAUCCAUCGCAAUGAUGAACUUCCCAUGGAUAACACCCAUCAUCGCAAAGACAUGCCCCACGAGCGCCCUCGACAUCGACAACCCAUUCCCUCGACCAGAGGACAAAAUGUACGCCCCCAAUGGCAGAAAUUGGUCAUUAGCGGCAUCGACGAUGAAGAGGGUCGAGUCGCGAAGAGCCUCGAUGACCUGGGUGGUGCACGUCGAUAUGCCGAGAACGCGGGCCAGAUGCCCCAGAUGGAUUAUAAGCUGCGAGCCCCUGUCUUGAUGCCAGCCAUCAAACCUCGUGCGGACAGGACUAGCGCAGUCACCACCCCCUUCGGUGGUCUGCGUCGUGAUGGCGUCCCAACUAGAGUAUUCGUUCCGAAUGCUCCCAAACAGGUCCACUCCCCCACCCAGACUGAGGAUAGGGUACGAGCUCGCGGCCCAGUGCCUAUGGCAAAUAAUGUUGGUCCGGGUCCCGCUGUCGCCUCGCCACCAGCUCUUGGACCAUUGUCAGAGCGUGCUCCCAACGAGUUGGUAUCUGGGAAUUCUGCUAAGACUCGAGCCAAGUCGCGAGACCCUUCUGCAGCUCAAUCUUCUGCUAACACUCCUGGGCGAGCUGCUCCCCACUUGCGAGCCGGAAGCAACACGGCAAAUGGAAAAGUUACUCACGCUCCAGUCCAUCCACAGCAGUCAUCUCCCUUUCCAGCUCAGGGAUCUAUCCGCCACAAGCGUGCCGGAACAUGUUUCCGGGAGGAAUGCUAUUUCAUGACCACGGAUGACGACCAGUUCGCAGCCAGGGUAAGUCUGGUCAUUCUCCAAGAAAAUGACGGGACAGCCAGGCCGGGAUUCUUGGCCAGGAGCAUUGAUGGCUACCAUCAACACCGCCACCACAUAGCUACAUGCGACUCCUCAAAGCGGAUCGCGUCACACUGCCAAAUUGUGUUUUCGACCUCCCCCACAUCAACACGCACUUACGUGUUACGCUUCGAAUCGGCGGAGACUGCGAGCGAAUUUGUCCAGACGGUAAAUGCACUCAGGGCAGUCCUUAAAAUGGAUGUACAGCUCCGCAAUCUCAACCAUGCUGCCACGAGCCGCAACGACCACCACCCAACCAACAGCUGUGGUCCCAGGCCUCGCAAUGAUAUUAGUCCCCAGGAAAUCCAAGAUGUCAAGACACACAUCAUGGAGGGCACUUGCCGUUUUAUGGAGAUUCAGGUGACAACAAUGAAAAAGGUGCUCGACGUUUGGUCUGGCACAGAUGACUUCCUCAGGCACUUCAUUCUCGAAUUAGACGAGAGAGAGCGCAACCGGCAGAAGCCAAGUAGCGGCGGCUCCGCCUCCCGCAACGAUGCUGCCACCACGAUGCCUACCAGAGUUCAGUAUGGCCGUACGCAGCUGCAAGAGAUCCGCUCAAAGGCCAGCCCCCCCCCCCUCGCCGUCUGGCGCUACACCGAGACGCUGUUAACUACGUCUUUCCUGGAGCAAGCCAUAACUGCCGAUGAGGGAAUCGCGACAGCAACUCCCAACACUGCGGAACCUGAACGUCCAAAGAAGGGUCUGGCAAGUUCGAAAUACGCCGAUCUUUGCCAGAAAUUUGAGCCUUCUGGACGGUUUACUGGCACCUUCAAGGUGUAGGGAGUGGUCGGUCUCUUACUCUCGAGAGGGCAAGAAUAAGACGGAAGGGCAGUGAUGGAUGUGCAGAAGCGGAAUAGAGAGGUCUUUCUCAGCCAGAAGGGUGUGCUGGUAUUUACCACCAGUCAUCUCGUCUCAUCUGUAGAUAGAUAGCUGGGAAUCGGAUUCUUUCCCCUUUGGUG